GACAGUUGGUUUGACAGAUGUUAUUUAAAGUUGUUUCUGUUUAUUUGAGGUUUAUUUAAUUAAUUUCUCAUUUUCCUGAGAUACUGUAAUAAAUUUUUCAAAUCAAAUACGAAAUUCUCUCUUCAAUAAUUGUUUCCUAAGAAUAUGAUAUACUUAUGCCAUAUGUUUUCACUAUUUUUGGCUGUUUAUUAUGAAAUAAUUGUACUGAUGACCGAUAGUUUUUAAUUUACUAGGAUUACCUUGGUGGCCCGAAUCUAGAUAUUAAAAUGGAAAGUAAACAAGGUAUUUUAAACGAAAAUGUUAAACAAGAAACUAACUUGUUUCUUGUUAAUUCGAUUAAACUAGAAGUGAAAAACGAACCACCUGACAGCUUAGAUUUCUGGAACUGUUUGGAUCCUCCAACUGUAGAGCCUGAGUAUGUACAGUGCGUAAAACAAGAACUAAAUCAAGAUUUUAUGAAACAGAAACAAUACAAUGAGGAUAUUUUCAUCAAAAGUGAGUCAAAUUCGUACUUUGAUAACCAAUCUGUGGACGAAGGAAAACUAGAACUUCAAAAGGUGAAAGAGGAAUUGUCAAGUGAGGAAUAUGCUAAUCCCAUCAAUUUUGAAGAAUAUAAUAUGUUAACUGAGGAAUGUAAUCUUCCAAUUAAGUGUGAGGCUGACUUAGAAGACGGAAGUUCUGGAAAUUACCAAACUGAAGCUGUAUCAAAUCAAAAGCAAGAGAAGUUUUUUUAUGCUUCAAUCCAAGAAUAUAUUACAAAAAGGGAUAGAAGAAAGAAGCUUAAAAAUGCAAAUCGCAUUAACACAUGUCCAUAUUGUGGCAAAUGGCACUGUAAGAAAAACGAGUUGUUGAAACAUCUUUUAAGUUAUCGUGUAAAGAAAAGUGUGUUUGUUAAAAGACCCAUGCACAAAAAUGAAAAUAUUUCAGCUAAUAUAGAAGAAAAGAAUUUCAACAACAAUCCUGUAAUGGAAAAGAAAGUUACAUCAAAAGUGGCAUGUAAAGUGUGUUUUAAAGUUUUAGACAAAUAUUAUUUGAAGUCCCACAUGUUACUUCAUACCGGAGAAAAGAAUUUUCAAUGUGAUAUUUGCUUGAAGAGAUUCAGCCAAAAAUCGAAUCUGACCAUUCACAAGCGUUCAUGCCGCGGCACAGCAUAUCAGUGCGAGAUAUGCUUUAAGACAUUCAAAUCUAAUUCCAUAAAAAACCAUAUGUAUACUCACUCAGAGGAAGCACCCAUAAAAUGUACUUUUUGCUAUAAAACCUUCAGGAGAAAGGACAACUUUGCGGCACACAAAUGUUUUAAUUUUGAGGAAAAUAUAUAUAAAUGUCAUUUAUGUCCAAAAUCUUUUAAGCGAAAAUUUAUUUUAACUGCACACAUGUAUACACAUACUGGAGAACGGCGAUACCACUGUCCACUGUGUCCAAAAAUGUUCAAACAACUGUCAUCAAAAAAUGACCACAUACUUAUUCACACAGGAGAAAAGAAAUUCAAAUGUAACAUUUGCCCGAAGAGUUUUCUUAAUAAAAACCUGUUAAGAAGACACAAACUUUACCACUCAGAUACCAAACAGCACCGUUGUAUAGUUUGUUCUAAAAGUUUUAAAACAAAAAUGUGUUUAAGGCGGCACAUGAGUCUUCACAAUAACACCACCAUAUUUCAGUGUAACAUUUGCUUAAAGGAAUUCAAGAAGAAGCUAUCAUUGGAGUGCCACAUGUCCAUCCACACCGGUAACUACAAGUACAAAUGUGAAUAUUGUCCCAAAUCGUUUUCACGGAAACAACCACUUCUUACACAUCAGUAUAAUCAUACUAAUAAAAAACCGUAUCAUUGUGACAUUUGUCCAGAAGCUUUUUUUUCAAGUUCAGCUCUUAAGAACCACAAAAUUUUUCACGCUGCUAGUAACGGUAAAGAUGACAAGCCAUUCAAGUGCGAUAUAUGCAUUAGAGCUUUCAAAUUAAUUUCAUCUUUAAAGAGUCACAUUAAUAACGACCAUACAGGCAAGAAACCCUUCAAAUGCGAAACAUGUCUCAUACAGUUUGCCACACAAGAUUCCCUAGACAAGCACAUCAACAAAUUGCAUACGAAAAAGAAGUUUGAAUGCAAAGUGUGCUCGAGAAGUUUCUCCCACAGGAGCACUAUGAAUAAACAUAUCAGAGUUAAACAUAAUCCCAACGGAAAGUCCCUAACUGUCGAAAAAAAGUUUGAGUGUGAAUUUUGUAGUAAAAAAUUCGUGUUCGAAGGUAGCAUGAAGUUGCACGUGAAAAGGCUUACAUGUUUCAAGUGAAGUAACUAACUUAUUUUUAUUUUUUCUUGUGAGAAAGUUCAAAAUUUUCGACCCAGUACUCGGCUACCUCCAACAGUUCUUGCUCGUUUGCAUUUAUCAUGUUUUGUGUCGUAAUACCCUCCUUAUUUGGUGCCACAAUGAUUAUUUUUCAGUUCGGUGUUGUUGAUACAGACCAUUUGGAGUUUACGUCACUGAGCACCUCCUCAAUGAGUGGGUUAUUGACAUGUGCAGUACAGGGCCACAUCCAAGAAUUUGCUGCGGAAAUUUAAUCUUUUGGACUUGCAUUCAGCUAAGGAAAAAAGAGUGGCGUUUAUCAUUUGUCUGCUUGGUUCUUUCUAUGAACUCGUGUGCUUUUCUGUGGCAGUUGAAGAUUGCAAACUCUAUAGAGUUUUUUUAGUCUGUACGACGAUGUUAAGUCUAUACGAUGUUAGUCUGUAAGUUUCGUUCAGAUUGACAAAUUUUUUGGUGAAGUAGAGCGCACAAGCAGUAGCUCUAAAUAUGGUCCUACUAUUGGUGAGAUUUCUGAAGAUAUUGUUUCUAGCUGCCACUUUCAGACGUUUUUUCCCAGUGUCAUCGACCUGUCUAGCAUGACGGUCAGGUAGAUUGGUUCCUCCAUGUACUUCAGAAACAAAAUGCCAUCGGACUUGGUAUUAAAUUUUUUUGGUAAGCGUUCAGCAUGGUAUCGAAUGCCUAUUAUAGUUUGAUUUUUAUUUCCUUGGAGGUUCCUCCUUGCGCACUGCUGUCCAGGCCUUAGGCAUAUAGGAAGUGAUUUGUAUCUCGUGUAUUGGUUGAUAAUUUGUAUAUAUACACUGCUACAAGAAAUUAAUGCACCAAUUAAUAUUUUUUGAAAAUUAUCACCAAUUUAAAUAAACUAUAGUAUCUUAAUUUUGACAUUUCCAAGUGUAGUAUUCAUUUUAACUAGAAAAUACGUUAUAAACUAUAACAUAAUGCUAUAAAAUGUUUGUCUUUCUCAGUAAAUUUUUUUUCAAUUUUAAUGACAAAUCGACUUGUGAGUCAGCUUGAGGUUUGAUUUUUACGCGUUUCGCCAGACUUGAACUUUAAGAUGCAACAAGGAUAUAAAACAUAACAUCUGAGGAAUAUGCUCAAGCCGUUGUUUUAAAUGAGUUGUCUCUGAAUGGGUGAAAGAUUCGGUGUGUCCCAUACAUCAGUAUCACGAAUGGUUGAACAAUACAGGUUAACUGGUGAGCAUACAAGAAGUACUGGAUAAAGCAGAAACCGUGUCUCAAGAUCGUUCGUUAGGUUUUUCCGCUCUAAAACGAUUUGUAACAACCCUACAUUUGAAAUCUGAGCUUCAAAACACAAAUGUCAUCCAAAUAAUCCUGGAAAAGUUCGACACCGUUUUCUAGUAGGAAAUUUGCACAUUUCAUUGAUGCCCACUUCCAGCGUUAACCAGAGAUCAUCGUAGAGCAUACUUAGAUUUUGACAGGGAGCAUAUAAAUUAGGAAGAAGCCGAUUGGGAACGAGUUCUAUAGCAGAUGUGUUCUGUGAGGACGAAGUUUUCGCUGGUGCAUGAUUUACCAGGUCUGAAUCCAGCUUGUAUGAGAUUCUAGUCGACUAUGUUUUCUAAAAGUACUAUUACUUUAGCUGUCCUCGAAAGUUUCUGCGUCCAGCAGCUGUCCCGGCAAUUGUUAAAGACUCCAAUGUCCAAUAUUAGUGAUCUUGUUAGUUAUUUAAGUUUUUUAUCGGUUUCGUUUUUUUUACACUCAUGAAACAGCUAUAUAUAAAUACAGUGUACGUUGAACAGCACAUCAUUCAACAACAAUGUAAACGAGACCCAGGUGACUUUAUAAGCUCUUACUCUAGUUGUGGAACUCUACUGUCUUUUAGAUUGUAUAUUUAAAUUAUAUGAAAUAUGUAUUUAAUACUUUAUGUAAAUAAAAAUCAACUAG